UCUUGCCGCUUACAUUGCGUACGCAGGCUUAACCUUACAAGAUUUAUAAAAAUAAUGUACUAAGUAUUGUACACCUUGAAAAGGUCUACAGAAAAGUCCGCGAUGGUAUAUGUCUAUCUCUUAUCGAUAUCCCACAAAACCAUUUUUUGUCAUUUACUUUUUACGGCAAAUAAUAGCUAAUUUUCGAAGCGAUUUUAAGCACUACAGCAUUAUUCCUUAUUUAAUUAAAUACCAUAAAUAGAUUGUUGAUUUAACAUAGAUUUAUAUGGCCUUAUCUCCAACUAACGAACAAGUAGAUAAAAUGAAUAACUUGAUUCUUUCAAAGAUUGAUGCGCCGUCACAAAUAUACUACUCGGUCGAUACUGUUCUCGAUUUAGAAGAAGCUGUUCAUUUUCCUACAGAAUUUCUUAAUUCUUUGAACCCGUCGGGACUCCCUUCUCACAAAAUGGUGUUGAAAGUAGGUUGUCCUGUUAUUCUAUUAAGGAAUCUGAAUCCACCUAAACUUUGCAACGGCACGCGUUUACUGGUAAAAUCAUUAAAAACUUAUAUAAUAGAAUGCACAAUACACACAGGAUGUGGUACCGGAGAAGAUGUAUUGAUUCCCCGAAUUCCUCUGAUACCAUCGGACUUACCAUUCCAAUUUAAACGCCUGCAGUUUCUAGUAAAGACAUCGUUUGCAAUGACCAUUAAUAAAUCGCAGGGUCAAACCUUCAACGUUGCAGGCUUAGAUUUAAGCGUUGAGUGUAUUUCCCAUGGCCAACUUUAUGUCGCUCUUUCAAGAGUAACAUCAAAAAUAAACAUGUUCGUAUUGUGCAAUGACAAGAAGGCUGUAAACAUUGUAUAUAAAGAUAUUCUGUAAUAUAUUAUUUAUUUUAUAACGCAUUUAAGAUUAUUGUUUAAAUAAAUAGAUAUUCAAAUUUUUUACAUUAACAUGCUAAAUAUCUAUAUAUGAAAAGAAGGCAUACAUAUACAUAUAGGUAUAUGAGGCAGGUAAAGACUAUGUAAAUAUUGACUAUCAAAAAGUGAUGUGGUGCAUCCUAAUUUGAUAAAUAAACAUAUUGAUUUUUUCCGAAUUUUGCACCCGUGCGAAGCCGGGGUGGGUCUCUAGUAUUUUAUGAAAACAGAACAGAUUUUCAUUUCACAUAACAAUAACGUUCAUUAUAAUGUUUAUAAAUAACGUUAUUUAUAAAUUUGAUUGGUAUCGCUAUUCUUAACGUUUAUUGGUAAUGAUAACAUAAUUUAAUAACGUAAUAAGCUAAUGCUACCGAUAUCACGGUAACAGUAAUAACUUUUAGAAAAUAAGGUUAUUUACCGUUACUUAAAGUGUUAAUUUGGUAAUGAUAACAAGUCCUAUCCCUAACUGACACUAACAGAAACAUUUCGAGGAUACUAACGUCUAACUUCUUGUUCUUCAUUGGUUUCGUGCUUUUGAUUUGGCUGAUUGACAUUCAUAACCUAAUAAUUUCAUUGUCAUUUCUCUUGAAGAUAAUUUUUGAAAAGGUUUUUCUUUUCUUCUUUUUCUUAUGUUUUUAAGUGACAAUCUGUGAAAUCCACAUUAUUCUAAUAUAUUUUGGAACACGUAAUGGCCCAGAAAAAGGAGAGGACAUUUUCGGGAACAAGUAAUGCCUUUCAAAAUGAAUUUGUGGCAGCUUUUAGUUCAAUUAAUGAGCGACCGGUGGACGAUAUUUCAUUAGAAUUUUUUUAUAAACCGCAUACCAUUACACUGUUGGCUGUUUCUAUUGCGUCCGUUAUUUACACAGCCUUUGUAAGAAAUGAAGACAACAUUCAAGAUAAUAUAUGGUCUGGUAUUUGCUGUGCAGUGUUUUUUUUCCUCAUUAUAUCAGUACUUACAUUUCCAAAUGGACCAUUCACGAGACCACAUCCUGCAGUAUGGAGAAUUGUAUUUGGCAUGUCCGUUUUAUAUCUUCUUGCAUUAAUAUUUUUAUUGUUCCAAAGUUAUUCUACGGUAUAUGAUAUAAUGUACUGGAUUGAUCCUAAUCUACGAAAUUUUCACAUUGAUAUGGAAAAGGAAUAUGCAGUAAAUUGCUCAGAUAUUAGCAUUGCUAAAGUCUGGUCUCAUUUAGACGUCUUUGCAUGGGGACACUUCUUUGGCUGGUUAUUCAAAGCAAUAUUAUUCCGCCAUGCGGGACUAUUGUGGGCAAUAUCUAUCAUGUGGGAAAUAACAGAGAUUGCAUUUGCACAUCUGCUUCCAAAUUUUCUAGAAUGUUGGUGGGAUUCAAUCAUAUUAGAUGUUCUUAUCUGCAAUGGAUUAGGUAUUUGGUGUGGGCUUAAAAUAUGUAAAGCUUUAGAAAUGAGAGAAUAUAAGUGGGUCAGUAUAAGGGACAUUUCUUCAACUACUGGAAAAAUUAAGAGAGCAAUACUACAGUUUACUCCUGUUCAGUGGACCCCAGUACGUUGGCUAGAUCCAACAUGUACUUACAUGAGGUUCUUUGCUCUUGCACAGCUAGUUGUAUUUUGGCAAAUAUCUGAACUUAACACAUUUUUCCUAAAACAUGUUUAUGAAAUGCCACCUUCGCACCCUCUUGUGAUAGCAAGACUUUGUCUUAUUGGCGUUAUAGUAGCUCCUUCUGUGAGACAGUACUACAUCUAUGUAACAGACCCAAACUGUAAACGAGUGGGUACACAAUGUUGGGUUUAUGGAGCAAUUAUGGUCACAGAAUCAAUGUUAUGCAUAAAAAAUGGAAAAGAACUUUUUGGGCAAGCUCAAGUGUGCAAUGUUAUAGUGUGGUUAAUUAUUCAAAUGCUAGUGUCAAUCGGCUGCGUAUACGGAGUCGUACUUUACCAUAGAUAUUUUAAGCGCACCAAAGAUGUUACUGCCAGAAAUAGUUUAUAUAAUAAAAGCGAUUAGCGACGAAUACGGUCUACAUUGGUAUCAAGUUCGAGAUAUCAUAAUAAGCAUGGAUCCGGGUGAUCUUCAAGUUUAUUGUUACCCUAAUUGUAAUAUGGUUUUGAGUGUGAAAUUACACCAGUUAAAAAGUAUGUUACUUUUGAUAGGUGUUUGUGGGCGAUGUAUAUAAACCACAGAAAUAUUAAUACAAUUAACUUUAAAUUUUUUUUACACCUUUUCAUCAGAUAAACAAAAUGACAGUCUAAGAAUUCCGCUAAGUAACUUUUUAUAUUUAGUAAGGGGUCGUAUCUCAAUCAAUAAAUUCUCUGAUAAUGUUUUCUUAAAGGCUUCCCUAUUUUAAUUGUAAAAAAUAAAUAAGUUAUUAGUUAUUAUUGUCCUCUAGAAAAUAAUGAUAUUGGCCGGAAUAAUCUGGCAAUAUGAUUGAAGAAAGUCGCAAUUGACACACUAGGACAUACAUACAUAUAAUCACGUCUAUACCCAUUGCGGGGUAGCCAGAGCCAACAAUUUUGAAAAUAAUGAAUUGCCACGUUCAGCGACUCUAUAUUAUGACUUAAUGAUGGCAAAUUGACAAUAUAUCAAAUAACAUACAUAUGUAUUAAAAAAAAUAUAUGAAACUUAACCAAAAUUAAGACACUUAUAUUUUUUAUUUUAGGUCGUUCAUAUUGAAUUUUAUUCAGAGAGAGAAAAAUUUGGCUCAGUUCAUAGAAAUGAUGAUAUAGUUCUGAUAUUGGAUUUUAUUAAAUUACACAAAAAUUUAUCGAUAAAAAAAUGCAGUUAUUAUUUUUUUCUAUUUAGAAUAGUAAAUGAAGAUAUGGUUAUUUUUGUUUGGCUCUUAAAAAAUAUGAUACGUUGUCAAUUGAGAUUCAAAUAGGGACAGGUUGCUAGUGCAUCGCCUACAAGAAGAAUCCCAAGUUUAUUAGCCUUUCCCUCAGUCGCCUUUAGGACAUCCAUGGGAAAGAUAUGGUAUGAUCCUAUUUUUAAGUGCCGGGAACCGGGAAGCACGGCACACAGACAUACACUAGUAAUUAAAAUUGAAAGCGCUUUGCGGAAUUCUAGGACAGACUCCGUUCUCUCAACUAAACUUACAUAAUAAUCUCAUUUUAACAUCAAUGCCAAAGGUGUACUGGCUGUGAAUAUUGAUAAUAGAUAAUUUAUCUUAGGUAUUAAGAACCUACUUAAGCAUGACUAGUCAAUCAACAAGUACCUCUCCCUUCACGUUUAGGUACACUUAUUUAAUACCUUGUUUGCUAGCGAGUUAACUUGGAUAUAUACUUGUAACUAUUUGAUUGUAAACAACAGUUGGAUGAAGGUUAUACCUAUAAUACAACUGACCUCAAAAAUGUACCUGCUCUGGACUUCUUAUUGGAUGUAAAAAAUUAAAGACCCCAAUAGGAUUUCGCCAUUUUGCUGCUGAUAUUUUUUUAAAUAAUAAUUCGAGUUUGACCUCAAUUUGCUUGGUGGUUAGCAAGAUGAGCCUAAGGUGGUGCACGCAAGCUCAUAUAAUGCCUAUUCACUCUUGCCUUGAAAAUCCCCAAGUUGAUUGGGAUUAUCGGGAAAGAGAGAUGCGGAGUUUCCAAAUCACAGCCGUUCGCAUUAUUAAAUAUUUGUUGAAUCACAAGGUGCACUGGUACUAGUGGGAUAGACCGUCCAUUUUAAGCAUACACGCUUAUUUUGCAGUACCAUGCCUAUACAAAACAGUAAAAGGAAUUAUUCCUUCAUGGCGGUAUUUGCAUCAAAUAUAAUUUUGAUAUUAUUUAGUUUUAUGGUCUCGGUCCAGCGCAUUACUAUAAUUAAAGUCUAUGCUAUAAAGAUCCGGUCAACUGCGAGGCGGACUUGCCAGCAAUGAUUUCAUAGAACUAGUUUUUAUCAUACCUCAAAAAUCUCAUUAACUAAUUGACCGAUUUUACCCUAAUAAAAGUAAAAAAUAUAGUUAAUCUUUAGCUAGAGUUUAAACGUUGUCUUCAGCUACACGGAUGAUUUGCGCCUAGUCGUGUACUUGAAUGGCGGCGUUCAAUCAAACUGCUAGCUGUUUGAUUGAACAACUUUUUUAUACACUUGGCUGCCACAUAAUAGUACACAAUAUUGUACUACUUACAAUAUUAUUACGUAUUUUACUAAUUUCACCUUUAGGCUGCUGCGACGCGGAGCAAAGCAGCCGAGAGUAGAAGCUAGGACUAGGGAGAUGAUAUAGUCAGUCCCAUGGGACUAGGAAGUUAGUAACUAGGAAGAUUACAAUGACACCACUUAAUGGACUAGUGGGAUAUCCCAAAUAUUUCCGCUCCGGUCCGCGAAUGUCUCCACGACAAUGUUUUGUGGGCGUGGCUUCACUGUUUUGUUACCUCCUUUGUUAUCCGAGGCAGAUGGAAACCAUCCCUGUAUACGCCUGCUGGGAAGAGAGGUAUUUUUGUUUGGUUGCAUCGUUGCUUGUGAACAUACUAGUCGGUCAUACAAAGACAUAGACGUUUAAUGCUACCUAGUGGUCAAACUUCGUAUGAUACCGAGACCAAUGUUAAAAGUUUAAAUGUUUUGUUCAUAAUUUUUAUGGAGCAGGAGAUACGCCUUUUACGUACAAAUUCCUAACAAAAUGACUGUGACACACGAACGGACAGACAUUUUUUUCAUUUGGUCACGGAACGAUAAAUUUGGUAAUGGAACUCUAAAGGAGGUUGGAUUUGACUAAUUUUUGUAUGUGGAGUUUAGAGACUAAACCUCAUUCAAAUUGAUCAUGCAAGAGGCAAGUUAACUCGCUACUUACACUAGAAAAAGUUAAUACAAGAAUUGGUUGUAAUUUAUAAAUAUUUAAUAAAAUGCAUUCCUUUUAAUUUGUGUAUUCUA